UUGGAAAUAGAGGAGGAGGGUGAAACGAACUAAGCUGGGGUUGAAGGGUCCUGAGGGCAGCAUCACUUUCCAAAGUUUGUCUCGGUAAUUUCCUGGAGUCUCCAAACCUCCAACCGGCCUGCUUUGUUUACAUUUUGUGGCCCAGGCGUGUAUGCGUUUUCUCGGUGUCUUUACGCUACGACCCGCUCCAGCUCUCCUGGCUGGUGGUUAGAGACUCGGUCCAGUAAAUAUAAUGUUACCGAGCCAGGUUGGAUCGGCACCAUCUGGAAACGGCUCAGCUUCAGGCAGGGGUACCACAGGACACGGUUCGGGGGUUGUCGGCGGCGGGAUUCGUCCCGUUUUGGUCAGAGCAGGGCAAGCUUUACCGGGGGUCUGCGACAGUGUUGCCGGUGCUCCGGGGCGACCGGGGGACAGAGACGCCGUCGGGAUGCUGGGUGCUAACGGUCCGGGGGGUCCGAGAGGGGCCAGACCCGGGAACGGGACCGGAGUGAACCCUCUACAGACCGCCGUCCAAGGCAACAUGGUGGGGCUGAACGCGGGAGUUGUGUUGCCUCACGGAGCCCGGUUCGACCCGGAGCGGGAGAGCGCUCCUAUGUGCAGCGGCUCGGAUAAUGACUCGGACUCCGGGGAUGAUGAUGACCCAGUGGGUUCACUCGGGGACAGCAGGAGAGGGGUGAAGCGGGAGAGAGGGGAGAUGGAGGCGGCGGUGGCGGGGCAGGAGGUGGGAGUAGCUCCCGGAGGUUACGGCAUGGUGCCCGGAGGGGUCGCCGGGGCAAAGCCGGGGAAGAAGACACGUGGGCGCGUAAAGAUAAAGAUGGAAUUUAUUGACAACAAGUUGAGACGGUACACCACCUUCAGUAAGAGGAAGACGGGCAUUAUGAAAAAGGCGUAUGAACUCUCCACUCUGACAGGAACCCAGGUUCUGCUGCUUGUGGCCAGUGAAACGGGUCACGUCUACACUUUUGCCACCCGCAAACUCCAACCCAUGAUCACCAGUGAAACGGGCAAAGCCCUGAUCCAAACAUGCCUCAACUCACCAGACUCGCCACCGCGCUCUGACCCCUCCACAGACCAGCGUAUGAGUGCCACGGGCUUCGAGGAGACGGACCUCACCUACCAGGUGUCUGAGUCGGAGAGCAUGGGUGACACAAAGGACACACUGAAGCCGACGUUCACGGUAGCCAGCCUACCAGGCACUACCAGCAGCGCCCAGUCCACAGUACCCACCACCUCCACCACCAUGCAGGUGAGCAGCGGGCCUUCGUUUCCCAUCACCAACUACUUGGCCCCCGUCUCGGCCAACAGCAACGUCAGCGCCAACGGAACUGUCCUGAAGAGCGCCGGCGCCUCCACGGGGGUCAUGCAGCUGCCCAGUGGCUUCACUUUCAUGCCCGCAGGCACUCCUCUUCCCCCUGGCACCCCCACCAUUCCUCUGAGCCAGCUGCAGCAGCACUCCCUGGCCCUCCAGGGGCAGCAUGGUCAGACUCUGGCCGCCGCCCCGCAGCCACAGCAGGGACAGCAGGCUGUCUUCCGCUUCCCUGCUGCUGUCUCCCUCACAGGUGCGGGGGUUCCCCAGCAGCUCCAGGCUAUCCAGGUCCAUCCUAACACCCAGUCCACCUCCAACAGUGACAGCAGCCCUGAGAUCUCCCACACCUCCACAAACUCCACUGCAACGGUAAGUCUCCCAGCAACCAUUGUCACUUCAUCAGUGCCAACGUCCGUGGCAGGUCACAUGAUGUACCCCAGCCCCCACACGGUGAUGUACGCCUCCACGCCAACGCUGGCUGACGGGGGGCUGGCUGUGCUCAACGCCUUCUCCCAGGGAACCUCGGCCAUGCAGGUGUCCCACGCACAAGCCCAGGACACGGGUGCUGUCCCUCAGGUGUUCCUCACAGCACCUCCAGGCACGGUGCAGAUCCCCGUCUCAGCAGUGCAGCUACACCCAGUACGGCAAGAUCUGCAUUUUACAAAUGGUGAUUGGCCAACAGUCGAGCGGCAGCAGCAGUAAUCUGACGGAGCUCCAGGUGGUGAACCUGGACGCAGCACAGAACUCAAAGAGCGACUGACAGACGGCUGGAGCUGUGUAACACGGCAGACCCAGAGACAGACAGACUGACUGACAUCUCUAUUUAUUGAUGCCUUCCUACAGAGUUUCACAUCACACUUCUGAAUGUGACUUUAAAGUACAUGUAUACACACAAUCAAGGGCAUACGUGUGGCAGACCCUUAUACGGUAUGUUUUGGUAUAUA